AAAUUCCCUUUUUUUCUCAUUCUCAUUGCUCUCGUAACUCUGCCUCCAGCCAACAGAUUCCUGCCUUCGUCAGUCGGCCUGGCGGCUCAGCUCAGCCACCACAGACCCUGUCUCGCCUCCAGAUCCUUUAACAUGCCUCGCUGCCCCGACCAGAUGGCCGGUCACCCGACGACCGAGACCACAGUCCAAGUCGCGCCAGUCACACGGUCGCUCGACAUGUCGAGUCGACCGGCCGCUCGCAACCUCGACUACCCCGCUCGAUUGGUACCGACCGAGCUCGUCUUUCCCGCGGCCGGUGAGCCGGACUCGCGUCGGUCUGCCGGUAGCCGGCGACACGGCUUGAAGCGGAAGCUGUACUGCUCCUCCAGCUUCAGCGAGGACCGGUCGUCCGGCCAACUCGAUGUCCCUCUGUCGGCCGUACAGCCGGUUGCUCGACUCCGAGUCCCGUCGCAACGCCGUCCCGACAGGUCGGCCCUCCUCGGGCUCUCCACCUCCUCGGCCGGGCCGGACGACGCGCUCGAGAGUCGUCUGCCCACCUGCGCCAGCCACAUCCGGCGGCCCGUCUCCUCGGCUCGUCUGCCCGCAUUCCGGGCCGACGCGAACCGUACAGACGUCGUGCUGGCGCCGACUCGGUCGCGGACUCGAACCCAAAACCCGGUCGCUAUGACGCUCGCACUUGCCGUCACCACCAGCUGUCCCACCAGCGCCUCUUCCUCGCCCGACUCCAGCCGGCCCAGUCAGUCCAGUCUCUCGCCGGGCCUGUGCCAUCGCAGCUUCGACGCCGUCCUGCGGACUCGCCAGACGGACUCACCGUCCAUUCGGACGCACCAGUCGCCCGGCGCGUCAUACCAACUCGGACAGUCGCGUCACCACCACCAUCAUCAGCAUCAGCAUCAACAUCAGCACCAGCAUCAGCACGAGCACCGUCAGAAACACCGGCAUUCGCACCACCGGCCUCGACACCGGCUCCACCGUCACCGUCACGUCCAUUCGCGCGACGGCGCGCUGCAAAGCCACGACCAGCCGGAGCCGAACUUGUUGGUACCGCCGGAUGGCUGGGACUCGGCCUGCCAGCGGUCCGGCCGCCGGUGCCGACAC